CACACGGAGAAGCAUUUUAAGCAAGCAACUGUACCUGCAAGGGGUUCACUGGCAUCCCUUGGUCCUUGCAGCAAUGACUCCCAUAGCCAAAUCCUUCUAUGAUCUCAGUGCCACUGACCUCCAAGGGGAGAAAGUGGAUUUCAACAAUUUCCGGGGGAGAGUUGUCUUGAUAGAGAAUGUGGCCUCCCUCUGAGGCACAACGGUGAGGGACUACACCCAAAUGAACCAGCUGCAGAGCAAAUAUCCUCGACGGCUGGUUGUACUGGGUUUCCCUUGCAACCAGUUUGGCUACCAGGAGAACUGCACCAAUGAAGAGAUCCUCAACAGCUUGAAAUAUGUGCGGCCUGGGUCUGGGUUUGAACCCAACUUCACUCUCUGUCAGAAAUGUGAGGUGAAUGGCAAAAACACCCACUCUGUCUUUGCCUAUCUGAAGGACAAACUUCCUUACCCAGACGACAACCCCUCCUGCCUCCUGAUGGAACCCAAGUUCAUCACGUGGAGCCCUGUGCACCGCAGCGACAUUUCCUGGAACUUUGAGAAGUUCCUGGUGGGGCCUGAGGGAGAGCCUUUCAAGCGCUACAGCCCCAGAUGCCUCACCACCAAUGUAGAGCCUGACAUCCAGCGUCUCCUGAAGCUUGCCAAAUAAGAGGAAGAACCAACUGGUGCUCCAGAGAUGAUUCCAAUAGCCUUUAUGUAGCAAGGCGGGUCAGACGAAUGGCUAGAAAUUCCCUGUGCUGUGAUCAUGAGCUCCCCCUCACUGCCCACCUUUAGAAAUAUCCAGGGCCCAAUUCCCUUCUCUUCCCUCUUUUGCUCAGUGUAUGAGGUGCUUUGCCCUAGCUCCUGACAGAGCCAGCAUCAGACUUUUACCGAGUGACGGUGCCCUCUUAAAGUUCAAAG